AUGUCCAGCUACGGAAUCGAGCUGCCGACCACAAAGGCACAUGUCGAGCUUCUACUCCUGAAUGGAGGAAGCAUGACAGCCGAAUACCACCGACUCCACGCCGGGCAGCCAGCAACAAAGUUCCGAAUGUACAACUGGAGCUUCCUCAUUCGUCAUAAAUCACAAGAUCGCGAACUACUAUGGGACUUAGGAAUGUCUUCGAAUCCCGACGAUUUCCCUCCUGUCAUUGCAAACGGCCCAAUAUUAGAGACAGGAGUCAAGGCUCCCUUCGAGUCGCUUGAAGCGCAAAUAAUGCGUCGCAGUGGCAUCGCUGCUGACCAGCUUGACACAAUAAUUCUCAGCCACGCGCACUUCGACCACUGCCGACCCGCACGCAAAGCCUUCCCGAACGCAACUGUCUUCUUCGGUCCCGGCACGGCGGAGUAUUGCUCACCAGGCCACCUCGCAGACCCAUCAUCCUUCUGGGAUGGGCGGUAUUUCGAUCCGGAUCGGGCAACCGAGCGGUGGAAGACGCUAGAAGGCCCCUGGGUCCCAUUCGGACCAUUCGACCGGGCAAUGGACUUCUUCGGGGACGGGUGCUUCUGGGUCAUACAAGCUCCGGGUCAUAUGCCGGGGAACCUGUGCGCGUGUGCGAGACUAGAGACGGGCGAGUGGGUUCUACUCGGUUCUGAUUGCUGUCAUUCACGGUACGUUGCCUGUGGAUAUGUUGCAAUUCUCUUAGAGCGAAUAACCGAGACUGAUAUGGGGUCUGCUGGCUGA